GAUCGGCGGCGCUGUGAGCGCCGGAUGAGUAGCGCCGUUCUUGUUGCACUUGCUUAGUCGCAAGAAUGUUCCCAGUAGUUAGGCACUGGUAGCGUUGUUCGAGCCGACGGAGGAAAUGCCUCUCCCGACUCCCGCUACACUACAGCGCGGUAGCGCACAGUCUGUAGUACUGCCGGUGGCGUACAGCGGCGGCGCAGAGUCCCGGCUUUGGCACAAGAACAUUCUGACAGCACUUGUCGUACAUCCUAACUUUAUGGCGCUCAUACUCACUGUAGCUGCACACUGAGGAACUCAACGCCCGCCCGGUCACCAGCUACUUACAGUACACGGCAACGGUGACGCCUACUCCAACACGGGGAGGGAUAUAACAAAAUAAAAAAAUCGCAGUCAUCGGAUUGGCCAGAAAAAAUUAAUAUUGGUGAUCAGUAAUGGGCUAAUAUAAGUGGCCAGUGUAUACAGACAUGUGGCUUAUGAGGCAGUGUUUGAAGUCAUUCCCUUCAAGGUCAAUAUGGAUGCAUUGCAGACCUAUGCAGAGAAAAGAUCCACUGAAGAAGUGUAAGCAUCAUGAUGUGAGAGAUACUAUUUUUUCCCUCUCGUCUGGACGUGGAAAAUGUGGUGUGGCAGUGAUUCGCACUAGUGGUUCUGCAAGCAAAGAGGCUCUGCACAUUCUAACAAAAUGGCAAACAUUGCCUCCUCCUCGGCAAGUUAAGCUGGCAUCAAUUCUGUGCCCAAAGUCAGGGGAGCUGUUGGACAGAGGGCUGGUGAUGUGGUUUUCAGGUCCCCGUAGUUUCACAGGAGAAGAUUGCUGUGAAUACCAUGUCCAUGGCGGGCCAGCUGUGGUCGGUGGCAUACUUCAGGCUUUAGGAUGUUUACAAAUGCUUCGUCCAGCAGAACCAGGGGAGUUUACCAAAAGAGCCUUUCAGAAUGGAAAGCUUGAUCUGACUGAGGUAGAAGGUCUUGGGGAUCUCAUCCAUGCAGAAACUGAGGCUCAGAGGCGCCAGGCCCUACGCCAGAUGUCCGGAGAGCUUGGACAUUUAUAUCAUAGAUGGAGCCAUCAGUUACUCAGGGCUCUAGCCCAUAUUGAGGCCUUUAUAGAUUUUAGUGAGGAUGAUAAUGUGGAAGAAGGCGUUCUGAUUGCUGUUGAUGAAGAGGUUGAAAGGCUUCAGAAAGAGCUGGAGGAGCAUCUUGGGGAUAACCGACGAGGAGAGAGACUGAGAGAUGGAGUACAGGUGGUUCUAGCAGGGGCUACCAAUGCAGGGAAAAGCAGCUUGCUGAACGUAAUAAGCCAGAAGCCAACUGCCAUAGUUUCUUCUAUCCCUGGUACCACUCGUGAUGUGGUGGAGGCUACUCUGAAUAUUGGAGGCUAUCCCAUUAUCCUGAGUGACACUGCAGGGCUGCGAGAUUCUGAGGACCCCAUUGAGAGAGAAGGUGUGAGACGGGCCAAGGCAAGGGUUGAGGAAGCGGACAUUCUAAUAGCAGUAAUAGACCUCAGCUGCAAUUUACUGUCGCAGGAGUCUUUGCUUGCCCACCUGCAGAACCUUUUCUCCAGCAUGCAGGGGCAUACUCCCAGGAGUGUUAUUGUGGUGCUGAACAAAAUAGACCUGCUGAGUCCAGAGGGUUUCAUUAACAUGCAGAAGCUAUGCCAAGAGCCAGAGCUACCACCUACGUGCCUUCUGUCCUGCCAUACGGGAGAAGGAGUCAGUGACUUCUUGAGAAUCCUCAGACACAACUUGGAAGCCAUCUGUGGAGAUCCUCUUCAGGGAGCACCUACAAUCACGCAAACUCGCCACAGGCUUCACCUUACUGCAUGUCUAAAUGCCCUGGGACAUUACAAUGUGUAUCGGCAGCAAGAUUUGGUUCUGGCUGCAGAGGAGCUACGUAUUGCACAGAGACAACUAGGCUCUAUCACAGGCAGGGUGGGAGCAGAGGACAUUCUGGAUAUUAUAUUUUCUGAUUUCUGCAUUGGAAAGUGAUUUCCUUUUACAUAUAUGGCAUAAUCAGAUUUGUUAGCUUGUGAUGACAAUGUCAAACAAAUUAGUUUGUAAUAAUUUAGGCUUUCUAUUGCUUAUUUGUAUUAUUCCAUUAACUUUAUUUUCUUUAUUGGAUACUUAGAAGAUAUUGGGGUAUAUGCAAUUGCGGUCGAAUUCCCGAAAUUGUCGAAUUUCGGGUCAUUUUCGACCAAAAAAAAAAAUCGCCUAUGCAAUUCAGUGCUUUCCGACCAAAAAACGGACUUUCAAAAUUCGACUUUUUGAAAUUCGACUUUUUGCAAAUUCGACUUUUCUGCAAUGAUACAAGUGCUGCAAUUCGACCAAAGCAUAUUCAAUUCAAGUUUGGAAAUUCGACAGCAGUGCUUUUAGACAGCAAAUUCGUCAUUUUCAAUCCGCCACACUUUGGAGGGUGAAAACAAAUAAAAAAAAUUUAAACAUGUUUUUUUUGUGUUUUUUUGGGGGGGAAUAGCAGAUCUAUUUAUAUUAGAAGGGAUUAGGUACUUUUUUUUUUUUUUUUGGAGGCACAAAUAUUAUUUAUAUAUUUUUUAAAAUAUUAUUUUUUUUUAUUUAUUUUUUUUAUGCUGGAACGGUGAAAUCAUAA